UUACCACUUCCUUUUCUAGUGAGUUUGCGGACGCGGAGUGUAUAGUGGAGAAGAAGUGUCCUUAGCUCGUUUACGACUUGUAACCAUGGCCCCCAGCACGCAAGCGGACGAAGCGGUCUCCGGUGUGAGGCAAGGCAUCCGAGCCAUUCUGCUCGGCCCGCCCGGGGCGGGGAAGGGGACGCAGGCACCCAAGCUUGCAGAGAAGUACUGUGUGUGUCAUUUAGCUACUGGGGACAUGCUGAGGGCCAUGGUGGCAUCUGGUUCAGAGCUCGGUCAGCGGCUUAAGGAAACCAUGGAUGCCGGCAAACUGGUGAGUGAUGAGAUGGUGGUGGAGCUCAUAGACAACAACCUGGACACGCCUGCAUGUAAGAACGGGUUCUUGCUGGACGGCUUCCCCCGGACGGUCAAACAGGCAGAAAUGCUGGACGGCCUCUUGGAGAAGCGUAGUGAGAAACUGGACUCUGUGGUUGAGUUCUCAGUUGAUGACUCCCUGCUUGUGCGCAGAAUCUGUGGGAGACUCAUUCAUCAGCCCAGCGGCCGGUCUUACCAUGAAGAGUUCAACCCUCCCAAAGAGCCGAUGAAGGAUGACGUGACCGGGGAGCCCCUUAUUCGCCGUAGUGAUGACAACGAGACCACUCUGCGCUCCCGACUGGAGUCCUAUCACAAGCUGACGGUCCCUCUGGUGCAGUACUACAGUGCCCGCGGCCUCCACGCUGCUGUCGACGCUUCUCAGUCGCCCAACCUCGUCUUCGCCUCCAUCCUUGCUGCCUUCUCCGCUGCUACCUACGUGGUUUUGAUUCAUCUGCUGCCUAUUGUACAAUGGCUGUAUGAAAUCCAGUUUCUCCCAUCCAGGUUGAUCCAGAUGUGAAAAUAAUGGAUGAGGGAAAGGGGGAGCUGGAAGUGACACAGAUGUUUAUUUUGAUCAUUCCAUGUAGUGAAUGUGUUUUGUAAUGAACACCGAUUUAACUGAAACCCAGUUGAUUACCUCCAAUAAACGUGGGAGACUAUUUUCUACUACCUUA